AGGUCCUAAAACAGGUUGCAUGACACACACUCGGGUGGGGCGCUUUCAUCUAGUUCCACACCUCACCUACCUUCACUCUUUUCGCAAAGACACACAGGACACUAGGCUAUAUAAUCGAACGGACUACACCGCUACACAUAUAGGGUUUCGCCCACAGCUCGUCCUUCUCUCUAACCCGCUCCACACACUCCGAUCGUCGGUCAUGUUUCGCUGUGGGAUCGCCUACCCCCGAUGCAGGUGGAUCGUACCCCUGCUGCUGCUCUUCGCCAUUGUAUUUGACAUCAUCGCCAUCGCCGCCACCUCGGGAUGGGUCGAGGAUGAGGACGCCAAGUCUCACUACGCCAAUAUGUGGAAACAGUGCCGAGGCAGGAAUGACAACUGGGACUGCAAGUCGCUCAUGGAGUUCUCUUGGGCCCAGGCAGUUGCUGCUCUGAUGAUCAUCGCCCUCAUCAUCCUCAUCAUCGCCUUCAUCAUCUCCUGUGUGGCUCUGUGCUGCAUGUUAAACAUCGCUCUUCUGCCCCUAAUAGGAGCACUGUUGAUCAUUAUUGUGGUUCUCCAGGUCAUCGCUCUGAUCAUCUACCCCUGCAAAUUUAACGAGUUGAUCUUCGAGGGCCACUAUUACUACACCUGGGCCUACGGCUUCGGCUGGGGUGCCACCAUCCUCUGCAUCGGCUGUGCCAUCCUCUUCUGCUGCCUGCCACGCUACGAGGAUGAGCUGAGCGGCCUGGCCAAGACCAAAUACAUCUAUUCCUCUGCUUAAAGACUAAACCUGCACAACCACCCAAUUACAGACAUUUUCACUUUCCACUCUGAGCUGGAUCUGUGCUGGCCAUGGAACAUUUGUAGACAGUUUUACACCAUUUCACCAAAGAUCUGCGAUAUCUCAGUUCAGUUAGAUUUAGUUUGGCAGUGGGAUAACCGUCCUCUAACAUCCAAGUGCGAAGUCAGAAGCAAGGAGUGAUUGUUACUGGAAGUGGACUGUGAUUGGAUGCUCCAUCUGCUUUAAUGUACAGACAACUCUGUUUUAGAUUAAGUCAGCAUCAUACAAAAUAGUUUUUACCAUGCUGUUUUUUUCACAUUCUGCAUUUGAGUGAGAUGUAUUCCUCAUUUUAUCUGUACUUUUUACCUGUAAUUCUCAAUGCAAGAUCACCAAAGUGCACUUAACCUAAGGGAUGUAAUUAUGUGUAAAGCGUAGAUUUCAUAAAACCUUGGUAAAAGAGCAAUUUAGACUAAAAAUUGCACAGGAUGCAAAAGGACUCAUUAAUCAUCAUUUGCUUUUUUCCCCAUGUGUUACAAUUAUUUUUUCUCAUUUCUUUAAUGUGUGUCUUUUAUUCUGUAUGUGGUAUGAAAGAAGCACAGGCUUGGAGUCAGAAGCUGAAUGUAAUCUAUACAUAUGGAAAUUUAGUUUAAAAGUCGUGUUAGUACCUUUUUUAUGCAUCAUUUUUUUUAUAAUUCUUAUCUGCUGUUUAUCUCUAGAGUUUUUUAUUACUUAUCUUACUUAUUACCAAAGGGGUAUAACUGUGGGAGUUUGCUGUGCUGUCUUUGUAUCUGUUCUGAACACUAAUAAUAAUACACUUGAUGAGCAGGCAUAGUGUGUGAUGGUUGAUUCAGUCAUUUUUUCUUUGUCACGCUAAACUGGAAGCAAAUUUGUAUUAAUUUCCAUUGAGCUUGAUCAUUAAUCUGUCUCGUGCAAAUUUUUGAAAAAGUGUAAAACAGUUUUUAAUGUCUUGUUGCCUCAAAGAAGGUAAUGCAUUCAGAGAGAAGCCUUUCCUUAAAAGAGGUUUUAGUCACAGAUAGAUGACCAAUCGUAUUUCCUAAAGGCCUUCAUAAGUCUUGAUAAUGCUUCUUUGGCUAACCAUCUGCCAGUAUUAUGAGACACUGAGACCAAGGUGUACAAUCUACUGACAUACUUUGUGUAAAACUUGUGCCUUAGCUUCUUCAGUGUUGUGUUGUUGAAUGUCCAAUCAAACUGCUCAGUCUGGUUUUACUUCCUCAUGCUUGAUCCAAGUCAACAAAAACAUUUCUGUUCAUGCCAAGACCAAAUGCAUGCCCAAACAAGACCAAGCUAUAUUGUUAUAUUACAUGAAAGAGUUCUGAGGAAAGAUCAUUUGACUGUUGAAUGAAAAAAGACAAGUGAUAAAUGAUCUUAGAGAAGUAGUCAAAGUCCACAAAACUCAUCUCAUGCUUUUAUUAUCUUAGAGUCUUUCAAGUUAUUUUACGCAGCAAAUUGCUGCAUAAAUAACUUUAUGAAUUGGUGGAAGUUUAAACUGAGAAUGUCUGUAUGUCUCAAAGGUGAGGUGAAAAAUUAGCAUGAAUUUCUCAACACCAGCUUUUUCAGAUAUUAUUAGUCACUGUAUGGGUAUAUUAUGUACUACAGAGAAUGUUCUAUUAACAUCCAUUGACUUCUGGAAAUCACCCAGCUGUUCUGCUGUAGUAUGAAUUGAUUAUUUUGGUAGUCUGUAUUUUUUUGCAAUAAAAAUCUUUUUUUUAAGCUUG